CCUAAGAUAUCGAUCUCGAUGCAGUAUUUUUUCUACUUGAAACUCGCUUAUGCAUUUGGAUUUUUUCAUUGACAUAUUAUAAAGUAAGUUUUUGUUGCGGGGGAUUGUUGGAAAUUUAAUAUAUAUAUAUAUAUAUAUAUGAAAUAUAUUCCAUCGAUACUUUUAUCAAUAUGGAAAUUUUGAAUUUGUAAGUAAUAAACCUGAUAAUAAUAUAAUAUAAAAAAAAAAGGGACGUAUGUAAACCAGCAGCGAUGCCAGCUGCUACCCCCAAUCAACGCCCAACUGUCUCAAAAUAUCGAUCGCCCCGUCCCCACCGCCGCCGCUCAGUGACCAUUGUCCGCACUGUUUGCAAUCUGUUUUGUGUGUAUUCUUCAGGAGAAUUGUCCAUUGUCCUUUAUUCGUUUUCCUCUGGACAGAGAUCCGUUAGAUAAAGUUGACGAGCAAUAAUUUUUUCGUUUGCUUCCGGGUUAGGAUGUUUUUGACAUCAGAAAUUGUAGAUUUUUAAUUUCAUCAAGGAUGCCAAUUUUUGCUUAAUAGUCGUUCUCAGAAUAGAAGAGUAGAAGAUGGGGGCAUCAGACUCAGAAGGUUCUCAACGUAACCCUAUACGAAAAGUUCUGGGGUUGGGCUACUGGGUGCAAGGUUUUAGGUGCUUCCCCUGGAUGGUCGUCAACUUCUUCCUUAAGGAUGCCCUCCACGUGCACCCCUCUACCCUCCAGCUCCUCCAGAACUCUGCCAACCUUCCCAUGGUUGCAAAGCCCCUCUUCGGCAUUCUUUCUGACGCAGUCUAUCUCGCCGGCCAGCACCGUAUUCCCUACAUCGCCAUUGGAGCUAUUUUACAAGCAGCCUCAUGGUUAGCUAUAGCAACCCUUGCCCAAUCAAGCAUCUCGAUUUCUACCUUGACCUUAUUUCUCCUCCUUAGUAACCUUGGUGCUUCAAUAGCUGAAGUUGCAAAUGAUGCGAUUGUUGCUGAAGCAGGUAAACAGCUUACUUCCUCUAGAAGUUCUCAAACUCCAUCCUCUGGUGAGCUCCAGUCUUUUGUUUGGAUGGCUUCAUCUGCUGGUGGAGUCUUUGGAAAUCUCCUAGCUGGUCUUGUAAUUGACAGAUUCUCUCCACGAAAGAUGUUCCUCCUUUUUGGAUUUUUACUCCUUCUCCAGUUCUUUAUAACAAUUACUGUACGGGAAAGUUCAUUAAACCUUCCCAAAAGUCCCCCAACAGUUGGGAUUCGGAAACAGCUUUCAGAGCUGACAGUUGCCUUGAAAAAACCAGAGAUUGCUUAUUCAGUAACAUGGUUUGCUGCAUCGAAUGCCAUAAUUCCAACCCUGACAGGUACCAUGUUCUUUUACCAAACGCAAUGUCUGAAGAUUGAGUCAUCAGUGCUGGGUAUCUCUAAGGUGUUUGGGCAGGCUGCAAUGCUCCUAUGGAGCAUAAUCUAUGAUCGUUGCUUGAAGGUGUUCCCAUCAAGGAAAGUAAUAUCGGCCAUUCAGGCAGUGAUGGCAGUAUUUAUGGUAUCAGAUGUGUUGUUUGUGAAAGGAAUCUACCGAAGUAUGGGAAUGCCAGAUUCGCUUUAUGUUAUGAUUUUUUCAGGUCUCUCGGAGGUUCUGUUCUUUAUUAAGAUUCUGCCAUUUAGCGUUCUUAUAGCGCGUCUCUGCCCACCAGGGUGCGAAGGAUCACUGAUGGCCUUUGUUAUGUCGGUAAUAGCGGUUGCUUUUAUAGUGAGCGGUUACCUUGGUGUUGCCCUUGCAUCCUAUGUUGGGGUAACAGGGAAUAAUUUUUCUGGGUUUCCACUUGCAUUGCUGAUACAGGCGAUCUGCACACUUCUGCCAGUAUAUUGGUCAUCCAACAUUCCUGAUGAUGAUGAGAAAUCCAAGAACAAGAACGAAUAGCUUUUUUGUGAUUUACUCUAAAUUGUGUAUGUUUUUGUUAUAGUUACAAAUUAAAGUAGUAUCAUUACUAAAUGUUUUGUACUAAUGGAACAGACAAAGAUGUAGUAUGACAUUGCCUGUUAUCCAAGAAAGAAAAAUGAUAUAUGCGUUUGAAUUUUUGUGUAGUA